UGAAUUUCAUUCCCUCCAUGGCUAGGGUUCUUCUCAGGCGGGGGAGCAAAGCGCUCGCUGCCCGGUCAAUUUCAGGCGCUGGAGCCCGGCUCGAAUGGCGCGCCAGGAGGUUUUGCUCGGAUGGAUUCCAGGAGAGGGAGAGCAUGGAUUACGACGUCGUGAUCGUUGGAGCUGGUCCUGCCGGCCUGGCAGCGGCGAUCCGGCUCAAGCAGCUCUGCGAUCGCGAGAAGAGGGAGCUGUCCGUGUGCGUCGUGGAGAAAGGAGCUGAAGUGGGAUCUCACAUUCUCUCGGGAAAUGUCUUUGAGCCUCGCAGCUUGAGUGAGCUCUUUCCGGACUGGAAGAAACAAGGAGCUCCCGUGGAAAUUCCAGUCUCGGAAGAUAAGUUUUGGCUCCUCUCAAGUAAGCAUGCAAUACCGCUUCCAUCUCCAUUCAGAAACCAUGGGAAUUACGUGAUCAGCUUAAGUCAGCUCGUUCGCUGGCUAGGGACCAAAGCCGAGGAGCUUGGAGUGGAAAUAUACCCGGGCUUUUCUGCUAGUGAGGUUUUGUACGACGACAACAGAGUUGUGGGAAUUGCGACUAACGAUAUGGGAAUUGCGAAGAACGGCAGUAAGAAGUCAACCUUCCAGAAAGGAAUGGAGUUGAGAGGACGUCUUACCCUCCUGGCUGAAGGUUGCAGAGGCUAUCUAUCUGAGGAAGUUAUUCGCAAGUACCAACUUAGGAAGCAAUCAGGUGCCCAGCAUCAAACGUACGCUCUUGGGAUUAAGGAGGUUUGGGAGGUCGAGGAAUCAAAACAUCGUCCUGGUUUUGUCCUUCAUACAGUUGGCUGGCCUCUCAACACAAAGACGUACGGGGGCUCGUUUCUGUAUCAUAUGGCAAAUCGGCAAGUUGCAGUGGGCCUGGUUGUUGCGUUGGACUAUCAAAAUCCAUAUCUUUCGCCCUACGAAGAAUAUCAGAGAUUUAAACAGCACCCGUCCAUAAGGCCGAUGCUUGAAGGUGGCAAAGUUGUGCAAUAUGGAGCCCGAACACUAAAUGAAGGUGGCUUUCAGUCCAUUCCAAAAACUGUGUUUCCGGGUGGAGCACUCAUUGGCUGUUCAGCGGGAUUCGUCAAUGUUCCAAAAAUAAAGGGCGCCCAUACGGCUAUGAAAUCAGGAUUGCUAGCUGCAGAGACAGCUUUCGAACAACUAGCAAAAGGUAGUGAACCUGCAAAGCUGGAUAGUUAUUGGGAGCGUCUACAAAACUCAUGGAUAUGGGAUGAGUUAAACGCGGCACGUAACAUAAGACCGGCUUUCCAUUAUGGUUUGCUCCCAGGUCUAGCAGUUUCAGCUUUUGAGCAUUACAUUUCCAAAGGCAAACUUCCAUAUACUUUGAAGCAUGGAAGACCCGAUCAUUUAUCCACUGAGGUUAGCAAGAAGCACAAGCCUAUAGACUAUCCCAAGCCGGACGGUGUGAUCUCUUUUGAUCUUCUGACAUCACUAUACAGAAGUAACACAAAUCAUGAACACGAUCAGCCUUCGCACCUUCUUCUCCGGGACCCCUCGAUCCCGGAGAAAGUGAAUUUGAUAGACUAUGCAGGACUGGAAUCGCGCUAUUGUCCAGCGCGAGUCUACGAGUACAUUCCUGAUGAGAAUGAGAAGCUCACACUUCAGAUAAAUGCCCAGAACUGCCUGCACUGUAAGGCCUGUGACAUAAAGGAUCCACCACAAAACAUAAAAUGGACAACGCCCGAAGGUGCUGGUGGUCCAGGUUAUUCAAUCAUGUGACAGACUAGAGUUUUAGUGGGAUUUGUUUUCGCAUUUGCAAAUGAAUAAUCAUACUUGUUGGAACAAGGCCAUGGUAGGUAA